CGGGCAGUUGGUGCAUAGCAAAACAAAAGCUAAUACCUAAACAGAGAUUCAACAUUAAAGGAGACUACGCAUAUUAACAGAAAGUCAAAACAUUGCGUAUGGAAAUAGUUGUAGGCAGCGGCCAGUCAAAUUGUUCUUAGUGUGGAUUUCUUUCACAAUCUUUUAUCACACUUUUCAACGUGUCAGGGAAUGUGCCAACAAUUGGGAUUAAUCAUUCCAAACACUAUUUAAUUGUGAAAUACUUCAAAACAAUCUGAAAGAACGGUAACAGGAAGUGUCUUGUGUUUGCUUCCGGGUAUCUGCCUAGAUAAUUAUUGAUCCUAGUUAUUGUUUAUGUUGUUAGAGCCGAAGUCUUGCUCAUGAGGUCAAUUGUUUUUAGUUGGCUGGAGUCACAAAUUGUGGUUUUCGCCUUUCUUCCGCUGUGAGAUUCAUAACAUUUGGACAACAGCUUGAAUACUAUGGAUUUUUGCUCAACGUUGCUAAUUGGAAUUGCGAUUUACUUGCUUGUACACUUUGUGCGCUUCAUAUUUGCGGACGCUGACUUCCCUUUAAUGUGGGCAACUUGGUCAGGUUGCAAGCCAGAGACCAAGUUGAAAGGACUGGUGGUGUGGGUCACCGGGGCCUCCAGUGGUAUAGGAGAGGAACUAGCUUACCAAUUAGCAGGAUGUGGAUCUCGUCUGAUUCUAUCAGCUCGUCGCGUGGAUGAGUUGGAUCGGGUGAAACGGCAUUGUUUGGAGUGCUCCAGCUUACAAGAUAAGGAUAUUCUUGUUCUUCCACUUGAUUUGCUGGAGAAGACAUCUCACGAGGCAAAAACUAAAACUGCUGUCCAGCACUUUGGCAGUAUUGACAUCCUGAUCAACAAUGGUGGCCGCAGUCAACGUAGUCUUUGCUUGGAGACCAGUGUGGAUGUGUACCAGGCCCUGAUGGAGCUUAACUUCCUGGGUACAGUGUCACUCACCAAGCAGGUGCUGCCCCACAUGACACAACGAGGGUCAGGCAGUGUGGUGACUAUAAGCAGUCUGUCCGGCCUGGCCGGGACACCCCUGGCAACCGGGUACUCUGCCAGUAAACAUGCUCUUCAGGGUUUCUUCAAUUCUCUUCGCACAGAGCUAACUGAUUACCCAAAUAUACUCAUCAGCACUGUCUGUCCAGGGCCUGUGAAGUCACAGAUUGUCAAGAACGCUUUCGCUGAGGAGUUGGGAAAGGUCAGUCCCACUGCCGAGGACCAGAAUCAUAAGAUGGCCACUAGUCGUUGUGUGCGUCUAAUCCUGGUGGGUAUAGCCAAUGGCGUCAAGGAGAUGUGGAUUGCCCAGCAGCCCUUUCUGCUGUUCUACUAUUUAUGGCAGUAUGCUCCCACCUGGGCCUGGUUCAUCACUGACGUGCUGGGCAAGAAGAGGAUUCAGAACUUCAAGGCUGGCCUGGAUGCAGACUGUGCUUACUUCACAAAGCCAAAGCCCAAGACUUCCUGAAAGGCACAUUUUGAAGAGCACAAAAUAUAAACUCCAAAUGCUUGAGGUGCACACUCAUGGGUUAAUGGCUUCGAGAGAUUUGUUUAGCUAAAAUACAAGUUUAAAAAAAGCCAUAUGUAAAUAUUUCAUUGUACUAUCUGACAAUGUUAAUAUCUGCAUUGAUAGUGAAUGACACUGUAACAACACGUAUUCACCAAAGGUUGUUCAUUCUGUUAGCCAGACUGGCUUCCGUUGUCACAUGGAAAAGGUGCACCCUCUGUCCUCCCUCAGCAUCCAUCUUAAGUGGCAGACAACAUAUGCUAUUGCACAUUCUUACCAGUAAUAUUGGCUAAAUGUAGUAUUUCAGAUUGAUAUAACUAUGUAGUAUCUAGCCCUAAUAUGGGUUGCACUGUGGUAAACAAAAUUCCUUGGUCAUUCUUUGAUUGCUUAAAUUCCUCCCAGUUCACUAUGUUUCUGUUCAAGUUAGAAAACAAGCACUGAAGUGUAGAGAGAAAUUCCAUCAAAAGGUAUAUACAUUUGCUUUAAAAUAUCAGUUUUUGCAGCUUAUAUAAACUGAUUGACCAGAAGAGUGAAACUUGUGGUGCAUUCCAUAAUUUACAUAUAAUGGAUAUUUUCUUCAUCUUAUCAAUUUUGAGAUACACAAAACUGAUUUCCAUUAUGGAACAUACUUCACCUUGCUGGAUUGGGGUGGUGGGUUUAAAGGCAAAUUGUUGUUGCUAUAAUGCACCUACUAAAUAAAUGCUACUAACAGAUACUUUAA